AGCAGCGUCGCCAGUGGCGAAGAAAAUAAAGACGAAGUGGGCCGAAGCUGGUGGCUCGGCGUAGAUUCCUGCGGUGGGUCUACCGUGGGCGCUCGCCGCGGGGUUACCGCCGGACGCAGCCGCCGCCGCGGCGACCACAACCCGUCGGCCUCCUCAGGUGGCGCAAGCAGCGCAAUGACGUCACAGGAUAAACACGGACGUGAACAUGGAUUCGGAAGACGACAACAUGUACAAUACGGAUUCCGGGAACGAAUCUAGUGGCGAGGAAGACGACGGACUGUCUAUUGGUUUGGAACCAGAACCGACGACGGCCAAAGAGAAGAUGGAAAUUGAAGACUUUCCUUUCGAAGUUCUCACAACCGAGGAUAUUGUGCAGCACAUGGUUAACUGUAUUAGUGACGUUAACAAUAUUGUCGAGAUCCCGCCCACGACAACUCGGAUCCUCCUGAACCAUUUCAAUUGGGACCAGGAAAAGUUGUAUGAAAGGUACUACGAUGGUGAUCAAGAGAGCCUUUUUAAAGAAGCACAUGUUGUAAAUCCAUACAAGAAGCCUGCGAAAUCACAGAAGAAGAGACCAGUUUCUUUGGCAGCUCAUGGCAUGGAAGAGUGUGAAAUUUGUCUACGUGACCUUCCAAGCAAGAUGAUGACCGGGUUAGCCUGUGACCACCGGUUCUGCACCGAGUGUUGGAACUUCUACCUGACCACCAAGAUCAUGGAGGAGGGCAUGGGCCAGACGAUCUCUUGCGCCGCCCACGGCUGCGAUAUCCUCGUUGACGACGAGACGGUUAUGAAGUUGCUGGCAGAUCCCAAGGUGAAGCUCAAGUACCAGCACCUCAUCACGAACAGCUUUGUUGAGUGUAACCGGUUGUUGCGGUGGUGUCCUCAACCAGAGUGCAACAAUGCCAUCAAGGUGCAGUAUGUGGAUACGCAACCAGUCACAUGCUCGUGUGGCCACACCUUUUGCUUUGCAUGCGGUGAGAACUGGCACGAUCCUGUCAAGUGCCACCUGCUCAAGAAGUGGCAGAAGAAGUGUGAUGAUGACAGUGAAACAUCCAACUGGAUAGCAGCAAACACCAAGGAGUGCCCACGGUGCAAUGUGACGAUCGAGAAGGACGGUGGCUGCAACCACAUGGUAUGCAAGAACCAAAAUUGCAAGGCCGAUUUCUGCUGGGUCUGUCUGGGUUCCUGGGAGCCGCACGGUUCGUCGUGGUACAACUGCAACCGCUACGACGAAGAGGAGGCACGGGCGGCGCGGGAUGCACAGGAGCGGUCACGUGCGGCGCUACAGCGCUACCUCUUCUACUGCAACCGCUACCUGAACCACAUGCAGAGCCUCAAGUUUGAGCACAAGCUGUACGCUGCCGUCAAGGAGAAGAUGGAGGAGAUGCAGCAGCACAACAUGUCCUGGAUCGAGGUGCAGUUCCUCAAGAAGGCCGUGGAUGUGCUGUGCCAGUGCCGUCAGACACUCAUGUACACCUACGUGUUCGCAUACUACUUGCGCAAGAACAACCAGUCAGUCAUAUUUGAGGACAAUCAGCGGGACCUGGAGAGUGCCACUGAAAAAUUGUCUGAGUACCUUGAGCGGGACAUAACUCAGGCUAACCUCCUUGACAUCAAGCAGAAAGUACAGGACAAGUACAGGUACUGCGAGAGCCGGCGGCGGGUCCUGCUGGAUCAUGUGCACGAGGGUUACGAGCGGGACUGGUGGGAGUACACAGAGUGACGCCACUGUGUGUGACGACGGCAGACGCUGUUUCUUCUGUGCCGAUGCCCAUUAAACGAGAGACAGUGCUCGCGCUGUGCCGAGCAACAUUUCCGUGGCUGAGGCAGGACGCCACCUUGGGCCAAGCCCUGGGCAGGGGUGGCCGUCAAGCAAACUGCUUGUGCCCAGAUGUGAUGCAAGGGGGUUAUAAAAGAGCAGUUUUCAGAUAAAAUUGUGCGCACGAGGACUUCACUGAGUCUCGAUGCCUCUUGGCCUUGUAUGGCAUCCCGUUUUUGUGGUUACACUGGCGAUGCUAGGUAGCGUCGCUUCUGCUUUUUCAAUGCUCGCGUGCCGGAGGAUGGUCUCAGUGGGCAUUUCUCGGAAACGACUGCUGCCUUGUGAGCACUUGCUUCUGUCAGAGCCAGUGUCUUUGCAAAAGAACUUGGGCCUCUCUUUUGGCAAGUGUCGCUAGUGCUAUAAACUCUACACCUUGCGAUGCAAGUCGCUCGUCAAGUAAUGAAGCCACUGUGAAGACAUUUUUGGAAUGUUCUCCAUUGUGAAUAAAACGUCGUGCAGCUGGCAAUGCAAGCUGCUGUCUGACCCAGUGCUCGCUACUUGUCCAUGCGAAAAGCCUAACGUGUCAAAUAAUGACAUCGGCUAAGAUUAAAAUGCCUGGUUUUACUUGAUACAGUGCUCAUGUAGAAUGGUUGAGCAGAUGCAGUUUUAUUUAUUGUAAUAAACUUCAAUGCCACUUUUACAGAU